GGGGUUGACUUGAUUAUUAAAUUAUUCAAUUUUUCCUCAAGUUUUGUGUGCAGAAAUGUCCGACUGCAGAAUGAUGAAGGCCAUCAGAGUGAGUGAGUUCGGUGCUGCGUCUGUCCUCAAGCUCUGCACGGACGUGGCUGUCCCAAAGCCGGGACACAAACAGGUGCUGAUCCGUGUUUAUGCAUGUGGUGUGAACCCUGUGGAGACAUACAUCCGUACUGGGACGUUCCGUCCAAAGACACCUGUGCUGCCAUACACGCCGGGCACUGAUGCUGCUGGAGUGGUGGAGGCUGUCGGAGAGGGAGUCACUGCAUUCAAGAAAGGUGAUCGUGUUUUCACCACGGACACGGAGACUGGAGGUUAUGCAGAGUUCACUGUUUCAGCAGAAGACUGUGUCCACGAGCUUCCUGAUGCUUUAGACUUUGACCAGGGAGCGGCCUUAGGGAUCCCCUACUUCACCGCAUACAGAGCGCUGUUUCACAAAGGCUACGGCAAGCCUGGAGAGACUGUGCUCAUCCAUGGAGCCAGUGGAGGGGUGGGUGUGGUGGCGUGUCAGUUGGCUCGGGCCCUGGGUUUCAGAGUGCUGGGGACUGCAGGGACAUCUCAAGGAAUGGAACUGGUUCUCAACAGUGGUGCACAUCUGGCCUUCAAUCACAGAGAAAAGGAUUACACAGACAAGAUCAUGAAAGCCACAGAGGGUCGUGGUGUAAAUAUGAUUCUAGAGAUGCUGUCAAAUGUCAACCUCAACCAAGACCUGCAAAUGUUGGUCUGUGGAGGACGUGUUUUGGUUGUUGGCUGUAGAGGCUCGAUAGAAAUUGACCCCAGUGACACAAUGUCUUCAGAGAGCAGCAUCAUUGGACUGUGUCUUUACUUCAUGCAAGCGGAUGAGAAGAAGGAGUGUGCGGCGCAGCUGUACGCUGGGAUAGAAGCUGGUUGGCUGCGUCCAGUUGUUGGGUGCAGGUAUCCUCUUGACAUGGCUGCCAAAGCCCAUGAAGAUAUCAUCAACUGUCCAGGGGCUGUUGGAAAGAUGGUUCUAACCAUGUGAUUCCCCACAAAAUCACAGCUCAUCAACUACGGUUCUGGCUGAUUAUAAAGCUUUACACUACAUUAUCCUAUUACAUGUGCUGUACCUUUUGGAUUUGAAUCCAUGGUUUUAAUUUGUAAAAGUCUUGACAUGGUUAAUUUUGAGCAGCAAAGCAGCUUUGGUGUCGGUUACCUGAUCUGUUGUCAUGCUGAUUGUAGCAGUUGUAAUUCAGUCACUUAAUUGAUAACGAAGUAAGUGAAGACAUUUCAGCCAACUGUAUUUUCAGGACUAUGUCACACAGAGUUCUUGCUGCAUC